UAGCCUUGCUCUCAGUUAUCCCACAAUUCACGCACCGUCAAGUUGACUGUCGCCAUGCGGGAUCACAGGCGCUUGAAGUUGCUUUAAUGUGAAUACAUUUCGGACUGCAGCUGAAAAAGACAGUUUAAGCGAUCGGUGCUCACCGCGCUGCCUUGGAUGCGCUGCAAACUGCUGCAUUAAUUAUUGCUCAUUACUCCGGGCUUUCACUAUCAACGCGAAGGACGACGAUAUGUUUGGUUCAACAGUGGUCAUAAUGCGCUCGGUGAUGGAUGUAUCCUCUAUCUAGCCUUUUGGGAUUUAAGGAGGGCCAAUGGAGAGCCGUGCGCUUCUGUGCGCCUUUUGAAAAACAUUUGCGUCCUCUUCAUUUGGGAUUGUGCAUGAAUGUUUUGAGAUUUGCACAUUAAUGCUGGGUAUUUCAGCAUUGCAGCUGUAAAAAUGCUGAACAACAUUAUCUUACUAAGUGUUUUAACUGUCACCAGUUUCCCUUCAAAGACGGAGUGCCGCAAAACUUCGAAAGACAUUUGCAAGAACCGGUGCGCUUGCGAGGAAAAGGAGAACGCUCUAAACAUCAAUUGCGAAAACAAGGGUUUCACCACGGUUGGUCAGUUCCAGCCACCACAAAACAAGAUCAGCCAACUCUUUCUGAAUGGAAACUUUCUCACCAAACUGGGUCCAAACGAAUUCCUCAAUUAUGGUAAUGUAACAUCUCUUCACUUGGGUAAUAAUGGCUUGCAGGAAAUCAAAACAGGGGCGUUCAAUGGGUUAAAAAACUUGAAGCGUCUUCAUCUAAAUAAUAAUAACUUGGAGAUCAUAAGAGAGGACUCUUUUUCUGGUUUGGAGAGUUUGGAGUAUUUGCAAGCUGAUUAUAAUUACAUUAGUGCCAUAGAGGCAGGGGCGUUCAACAAACUGAAUAAACUCAAAGUUCUAAUUCUGAAUGACAACCUUUUGCUCUCCCUGCCCAAUAACAUAUUCCGCUUUGUCAUGUUGACGCAUUUGGAUUUAAGGGGAAACAGACUGAAAACGCUGCCGUUUGCUGGCGUUCUAGAGCAUAUAGGUGGAAUAAUGGAAAUUCAGCUGGAAGAGAACCCGUGGAAUUGCACUUGUGAUCUGAUACCUCUGAAAGCCUGGCUGGAUACAAUUUCGGUUUUUGUCGGGGAUAUCGUUUGCGAGACGCCGUUCAGACUACACGGCAAAGACGUCACGCAGUUGAUCAAGCAAGACCUAUGCCCCAGGCGCAAUCCUGGAGACGCGAGUCAUCGCGUUAUGCAGCCGCCGUCUGAUUCACAAUACCAGGGUCCAUCUCCGACCCUGCGGGCGCGAGUCACACCGACACGAACCCCUAAGGCCUCCCGCCCCCCAAAAAUGAGAUAUCGUCCCACUCCGCGCGUCACGUCCGGCAGAGAUAAACACGUUUUCGGGCCUAUCAUGGUAUUUCAAACACGCUCACCGGUUCCAAUGUCCUGCCCGAGCAUUUGCGUGUGCACCUCGCAAAAUCCAGACAGUGGAUUAAACAUCAAUUGUCAGGAGCGCAAACUUCAGAACAUCUCUGAACUCCAACCCAAACCAUCUUAUCCAAAGAAACUGCAUUUGACCGGUAACUAUUUGCAAACCAUAUACAGAACUGAUCUGACAGAGUACAGCUCCCUUGAGCUCCUGCACUUAGGGAAUAACAGGAUAGCAAUCAUUCAGGAUGGAGCAUUUGAGAAUCUAACCAGUUUACGAAGGCUUUAUCUGAAUGGUAACUACAUUGAAAGUCUUUCCCAGUCUCUUUUCACUGGGCUGCAUAGCUUGCAAUACCUCUAUCUGGAAUACAACAUCAUUAAAGAGAUUUUACCCCACACCUUUAACUCCCUCCACAAUCUGCAGCUAUUGUUUCUUAAUAAUAACCUACUGAGAUCUCUUCCCGAUAAUGUGUUUGGGGGUACGAUGCUGACAAGGCUUAAUCUCAGAAAUAAUCAUUUUUCACAUCUCCCAGUGCACGGUGUGCUGGAUCAGCUCUCUGCCUUCAUUCAAAUCGAUCUCCAGGAGAAUCCAUGGGACUGCACCUGUGAUAUAGUAGAGCUUAAGAACUGGAUGGAGCUGUCCAGCACCAGCGUGGUGGUGAACGAGAUCACGUGUGAUUCACCGUCCAAGCACGCAGGCCGUCUCUUGCGCUCCCUCCGAAAUGAUGCCAUCUGUCCCGAGACUGAUGAGGUGCCUGUGACUAAAUCCCCUACUGUAGUGAGCUCGAGCACCGAGGCAACACCCACAUCUGCCAUGACUCCCACGGACAGAGUGCCCGAGAUGCCCCCGGAGGUGCCCUUGUCCGUUCUCAUCUUGGGCCUACUCAUUGUUUUCAUUCUAUCAGUGUGCUUCGGAGCUGGGUUGUUUGUGUUUGUUCUCAAACGUCGCAAGGGAGUAGAGAACAUCCCAUCAAGCACCAAUAAUCACUUGGACUUGAACUCUUUCCAAGUACAGUACAGCUCUUACAACGCAGAUGCAAAUGUGGAUAAAGCCACAGAGAGCCACGUUUACAACUACAUUCCUCCACCUGUGGGUCAGAUGUGUCAGAAUCCAAUCUACAUGCAAAAGGUGAGUGAGCAGGUGGCCUAUUAUCGAAAUCUGAAAGAGUUAAGCUUCAGCACGCUUGAUCCAAAGAAGGAGGAGCUUGAUCGUAGCCCAGCUUUCACUAUAAGCACAGUGGAGUUCAUUGAAAAGCAGCCGUGCGCCAACCGCGAGCCAGAGCUGCUUUAUCAGAACAUUGUGGAGAGAGCGAAUGAUCUGCCCCAGUCCGGGCCGCUCAGCUAUAACUUUUGCACUUUACCCAAAAAAUCCUUCAUCCCACCAUACGAAAUGGCCCGACGACACAACCAGGACCGAUUAAACAAAACCGUGCUCUAUGGGACCCCGACAAAAUAUGCUGCACAGUCCAAAAACGAGCAUCCUUUGCUAUCCAACAAGCUAAAAACCGAGCCAGACUACCUCGAAGUUCUGGAGAAACAAACUGCUAUGAGUCAGUUGUAAGGCUUGAGUCCCCGAACACUUGACUCAUCUGUGUAUUUGAUCACACAACAAGAUAAUAACAACAACAACACCACAAACCUAAGCCUUCCGUCUUACUUUGAAAGGCUGUAUACAUACCCACAAUUUAAAGAUGAUAUAUUAUUUUCUCUAAGGUUUAAAUUAUUUCUUCUACUUGAAACAUAAAGACUGUAGCUAGCAGUUGUGGCAAGAAUAUGUAUAGCUUACAGCUUCAUGCUUUUUUUUUUGUAUUAUGAAAUAUACUAUUUUCUCUCAUAUGACAGGGUUGUUGAAAUGACAUUCCUGUAGAAUAUGUCAGAUGGUGAGUGCAACACAAAUUGUUGUUUCCAGAAGUGCCUUUGCACUUGAAGAAUUUUAACUGCUUUCUGCUAAUCAAAUUUUUUAUAAGUGCUGUAUUUUAAGACACUUUAUGUAAAAU